GGAGCGGAGUGGAUGUUGGAUUGUAGAGGAGGCAAAAGUCACUGCAGACAUUCUUCUGCUGUAAACUGCACCGUGAUUUGUUGAAGGAAGGCGGGACUCACCGAACUGGACUGGUUUUAUUCUCAUUCAUCGGUCUGUUGUUUAUAAACUUUUGAAGAAACUGUUUUUAAAAACUUCAAGAUGCCAGCUGGAACUUUAGAGAGAACUUCUCCAUCCUCUGUAGCUGCCACACCAGCCAGAGGGGACUCCACACCCGAGAAACCCCGCACUCUGACAGAGCACAGAAAGGUAUGUGAACUCUUUGUUCCUAACAAAAAAUUCAUUUUCGUCAACUGUAGAAAAUUGUCAUCUCAAUGGCGAAAUUUCCUGUGUUCAUUAAGUCCUCUAAACCAAUCAUGGAGAAGAGGAGACGCGCGCGCAUCAACGAGAGUCUGGGCCAGCUGAAGACCCUCAUUAUGGACGCACUCAAGAAAGAUGUAAGGCCAAACAAUAUGAUUUUAUUUAUUCUAAUUGACAACAUUUAGAAAACAAAAUAUAACAUUAAAAAAUCUUUAAUAUGUUUAGAGCUCCAGACACUCUAAACUGGAAAAGGCAGACAUCUUGGAGAUGACUGUGAAACACCUCAGAAACCUGCAGAGACUUCAGAUGGCUGGUAGGAAAUUAAAACUCUAAUUUGCUAUUUUCAUACAGUAUGUCUGCAAUAGAAUAAUUCUCAAGAUUUUAGAUUAGGUUUUUCCCCUUGGAAAUUGAUUUAAGGCCUCUACUGCACAAAAGGGCCUUUUCUCUACAGUAUCUAUCUAUCUAUCUAUCUAUCUAUCUAUUAAUGUUAAUGUGUUUAUGUUUUCUUCUGCAGCAUCAGUUCACUCAGAUCCAUCGAUCCUGGGUAAAUACAGAGCCGGCUUCAGUGAGUGUGUUGGCGAGGUCACUCGUUUCCUGUCCACAUGUGAAGGGGUGAACACAGAUGUGAGGACUCGCCUCCUCAGCCACCUGGCAGCAUGCGUGACCCAAAUCAACACAGUGAACUUCUACACACCUCACCCAGGUACUCUGGGGCUCGGACAGACUAGCACACAGGUCUCUCAGAUGCCGUGCAAAAGCGACUCAGCGAUGCCCGUCUCCUCAGGAGCAAUGAAGAUGUUCGGUGGAUUCCAGGUCAUGCCCAUGCCGGAUGGUCAGCUUGCUUUUGUUGUUCCCAGCGCAGCGCUUGUGCGUAUGAGUGCACAGAAUAGCCAGCACAUGUCGCCUGUUGCACCUCCACUCACCUCAGACUCUGUGUGGAGACCAUGGUAACUGAUUUGCUGGAAAAAGACUAUCUCACAACAAGAAAACCUACAUUUUUGUACAUUUUGUAAAUGUUUGUGAAACCUUCUUUAGAGGGAUGUUUAAACACGUAUGUGUUUUUAAAUGAGCAUAUUUUGUAGAUACUCAUGACUUUUUUACUUAAAGUGAAACUGGUUUGGCACAGAGAGUAUGGAAAAUCAUUGAAAAGCUGUAAAAAGUACUCAAUUUUUUGAGAUGAAUAAAAUGUUUUUUAUGAUGUUUACAAUUACA